GCAUUUGGUCUAGUUUUACCGGCUUCUAUUCUAUUUUCGUUAUCCGGUUCACUCCUGAUUUUCAUGCGAUAUGUGGUAAUGGUUUUGAAAACCCUACCUAUCGCCGUCACAGACGGUGGACCACUGUGCCUCCCUCCUCCGUUUUCAUGGCCAAACGUCACUCUGCUACCGUACCAACGAAGGCAAUAAACUACAAAGUGUACAGUCUCAAGUUCAAGCAUGGAGGAUUGAGGACUUCAUCUAAAUUCCAAUCACAUGCUUUGGGAUCCCAUAGUUUUGAAAUGCAGAAGCUCUGUUAAACCCUACCUAUUGCCGUCGCAGACUUUUCUGAUCGUUUUUGCUUCCCUAGCAAAACAAAUUUCCUUCCAUUUCGUUGCUCAUUCUGCAGUAGGAUUCCUUUACCGUUGGAGGAUCUUCAUUUCCAUCUCAAAAUGAUCUGUUCUGUUCCGUCCGCCAAAUCGGAUUCCAGUUGGCUGGACCGGCUGCGGUCUUCUAAAGGUUUUUCCGUUGGCAAUGAUCUCGAUCUUGAACGAUUCCUAGACCAUAACUCCGAUCACCCUCUUUCCGUCGACGUCAAUGUUUCUGAUGUUAUUCGGGGGAACAACACCGACUCCCCCAAUCCAAACUUUGAUUCUGUACCGUUGGACAAGAAAUCAGUCUCCGAAGGGAGAAAAAAAGAGGUGAAUUUUGGCUUCAGGGGGCAUCGGAAGAAAGAAGACUUGUUUAACGUGAUGAGCAAUGUUCUAGCAGAGCUCUUCAAUAUGGGAGACCAGGGGGACCUUGAGAGGAUUAGAGGAUAUGAGAAGAAAAAGAGCUCUCGGAAACAGCGUUACCCAAAAAUUUGUUCGUUUUCUGCAUCUGCAAGCGUUGACGAUGGCCGCUUGCCCGGUGUAGUGAAAGCUGAUGGGAUGCCAGCAAUGUCACCUUCAAGCACCGAUAAUAACAGUGAAACAGAAAUGACUCAAAACGGUGGUUGCAUGAAGCCAAAGGAGAAAGGAAAGUGCGAUUCUCUUACACUUGUAGAGGAGAAGGCACAGACAGAUCUUUCGUCUUACUCUUGCGUCGAAGUAACAAUCAUAGACACGAGUUAUUCGGAUUGGAAAUCUGAGAAACUGCUUUUCAGGAAGCGGGAUGUUUGGAAAGUCCGUGAGAAGAAGUCAAUUUCGGGGAAUUUGAACGUGUUUAGAAGGAAGAGGGAGGCGAAGGAGUCUCGUAAGAAAGUUGGAGGAAUGAAGAAAACAAAGCUUUUCAAGUCUGAUAAAAAAGGUGGAGGAAAGAAGAAAAGAAAGCUUUCUCAACCACCCCUGAGCACAUCCAAGGAAGCAGGUCGGGAAGAGCUUACAUAUCCAUCAAACAAAAAUGCUGGAAAGGAAUUAUGCAAGGAGAUGCCAGAUGGAAGCCAAGUUCCUAAAAAGAGGUCACAUUUCUCCAGGUCACCAAGGAAACCUAUCAACCGUAAUUCGCCUCUUUUUCAUGUACAAAACAUUUCUUCAAGCAUGAAGGAUGAGUGUGCACCUUCCAAGAGGCAGUCUCAAGGAUACAUGAUGAAGAGUUGCUGAUUUGAUGCACAUCCUAGUUGUUAAAAAAUGUUCAUAGAUAAGACAUGAAGUGCCCUCACUAAGACGACGAAACCAAGUAACCAGGUGCAAUGCUUACAAGCUAUUCAAAAAUGCUGGUAGUAAGGCAAGUGAGUUUUUCCUCAAGGAUAUCUGAUUGGCCUGAAGCUGGUGGAGUUGAAAACUGAGGUCGGGACAUUGCAUCAUUUUAGUUGGAUCAAACUCAAGUUGACUGUCAACUUAUCUUGUCCUACUUUGAAGCAAUUGGAUUGGCAAAAUUUCCGUUAUAUUUCCAGGAAAAUACUUUUUCAGUUCCCAGAUGGUGAAUCUAUAUCAAGUUACCUUUAAAGCUUGGAGCAAUCCUCUACACGAUGUUGUUGGAGGUCAUCUUCACUGCUGCACCAGGCAAGACAAGGUUCCAUUUUUGCUUUAUUUUGGGGGUGGCAGUUACAUCUUCGUGUGCUUUCCAGCGAGGUUCUCUUUCAAAUUGUCCUGCUAACCCCAAUUUAAUACACAACCAGCAGAAAGCCCCUGUGAUCCACGGGGAGUCAGUCGCCAGGACUUGUGCAAAAUGUCUGACUUGUAUGGGCAUCAAUCCAGAUACAAGCGUUUGUGAAAGGGAAUCCAAUAACAAUCCACUUAAGGUUCCACACCCAACUUGGCUGUUGAUUUAACCUUGCUUUGGGAGUCACUCGUAUGCAGUCUAUGUGCCGCACCAGCUCAAUCAUCAUUUUCUUAAAA